AUGGUCAUAUGGAAUUCCACCACCAUGGAGGACUUCAUCCUUCUUGGGCUAACAAGCAACCAGAACAUGCAGAUAUUGCUAUUUAUUGUAUUUCUGACAUGUUACAUUGUUUCUCUAACUGGUAACAUAGUAAUUAUCUGGAUCAGUAACAUAAACCCUCGACUCCACACUCCAAUGUACUUCUUUUUGAGAAAUCUCUCCUUCUUGGACAUCUGGUUUACAUCAAGUGUUGUUCCUAAAAUGCUCAUAAAUUUCCUAUCAGUGAAGAAAUCCAUUUCUCGUGAUGCUUGUUUCACCCAAAUGUUCAUUCAUCUUUCUUUAGGAGGGACAGAGUGUUUUUUAUUGUUGACAAUGGCCUAUGACCGGUAUGUGGCUAUAUGCAGCCCCUUACAUUACACUAAUAUCAUGCAUCCCGCCUUGUGUAUUAAGAUGGCAGCUGCAUCUUGGGUUGGAGGCGUAGUAGACUCAGUAGUAAACACAGUGUAUACAUUACAGCUACCUUUCUGUAGCCGAAACAUAGUGAACCAUUUUUUCUGUGAGAUGCCCGCAGUGUUGGAAGUGGCUUGUGCAGAUGCAUCUCUUAAUAGGACUUUUCUUUUCUUCUGUGCCCUGGGGGUAUCAGUUUCCCCUUUUUUCCUCAUCCUUAUUACAUAUGUAAAUAUAAUUUUCAACAUAAUGAAGAUUCGUACAAUCACAGGCCGGAGAAAAGCCUUUUCCACUUGUGCUUCACAUGUUAUUGUGGUGGCAUUAUUUUAUGGUACCAUUUUAUUUAUCUAUUUAAGACCUGGGAGGAUUCAUGCCUCGAACUAUGACAAAAUGGCCACCUUGUUCUACAGUAUUAUAACCCCAAUGCUAAAUCCUCUGAUUUACACUUUAAGGAACAAAGAUGUAAAAUUAGCGCUGAAAGAAACAACAAGAAAGAAGAUUGUGUUAUGGCACAUUUGA